UUGCCAUUGUUUUUCUCCUUCAUUCAUUCAAUCAUCAAGUCACUGCUGUACUUUUCUAUAUAUAUUAUUAUAGUAAGAUGAGCAGCACCUGCUAUUCUGCUUCUUCUAUCCAAUCACUUAACCCCACGUGUCCCUCUUCCCUUAUCUUCACUCUCCAUAAACCCCAGUUGCUACAGAUUCACAGUAUCAAAGAAACAAAAAGAACAAGAACUGUUAGAACUUAUAAUAGUAACACUAGAACAAGAAGAAGAAUGACUAGUGUUGCUGCAAUGAAUGCUGUGUCAUCACCAGAAGUUGAAGUACAGAAUCAACAGGAGUUGAAAAAAGGAAUUGCAGAAUUAUAUGAUGAGUCAUCUGGGAUUUGGGAAGAUAUUUGGGGUGACCAUAUGCAUCAUGGAUUUUAUGAACCUCAAUCAUCUGUUUCACUUUCUGAUCAUCGUGCUGCUCAGAUCCGUAUGAUUGAAGAGUCUCUACGUUUUGCUUCUGUUUCUGAUGAUCCAGCAAAGAAACCAAGGUCCAUAGUUGAUGUUGGAUGUGGGAUAGGAGGCAGUUCUAGGUACCUUGCAAAGAAAUAUGGCGCUACAGCUCAAGGCAUCACGUUGAGUCCUGUACAAGCCGAGAGGGCUCAAGCUCUUGCUGCUGCUCAAGGAUUAGGCGAUAAGGUUUCUUUUCAAGUUGCAGACGCCUUGAAUCAGCCAUUUCCAGACGGGCAAUUUGACUUGGUUUGGUCCAUGGAGAGUGGAGAACACAUGCCGGACAAACAAAAGUUUGUUGGCGAAUUAGCUCGAGUGGCAGCACCAGGAGGCACAAUCAUACUUGUGACAUGGUGCCACAGGGAUCUUUCCCCUUCAGAGGAAUCUCUGCUUCCAGAGGAGAAAGAGUUGUUAAAUAAGAUAUGUAAAUCCUUCUAUCUUCCUGCAUGGUGUUCCACUGCUGAUUAUGUGAAGUUACUUCAAUCUAACUCUCUUCAGGAUAUCAAGGCAGCAGAUUGGUCUGAGAAUGUCGCUCCAUUUUGGCCAGCAGUAAUAAAAUCUGCACUGACAUGGAAGGGCUUUACAUCAAUCCUACGCAGUGGAUGGAAGACAAUCAAAGCUGCACUUGCAAUGCCACUUAUGAUUGAAGGAUACAAGAAGGGUCUGAUCAAAUUUGCCAUCAUCACUUGCCGUAAACCUGAGUAGUAAAUUCUUUGCUUUGCCAUUGUUGUUAAUGAACUUCGACGGAUCUUGGAAGAAAAAUUAAACUAUCUGUUAGGCACAGGAAGUGCAACAUUUGAUUUAACUCCAGAUUGCAAGAUGAGGAAAUUACUUUGGCUUAACUGGAAUAACCAGAGACAUUUUCAGGAGGCUACACUAGCUUUAAUAAUCCUUUAACAGAUUGAAGUUUGAUUACAGUAUUUAGUUGGAUGAUACCUUAUCUCUGUAGGACCUAUUAUAUUGUGGAAUGUGUUCAUAAUAAAACUUCUAUAGCUAUCUCACACGUAAAAGUUAAGUUAUGCUUUGUACUGUCCCAAUUAUGUAAAAGAGUAUUGACAUUGUUUCUUCAGGGGAACGAUCAAGGUCUCUAGUGCUAAAAAGAAUUACUCAGCUUA